GGUACUUCGGGACACAAAUCUUUUCUUCACAUUUUCUCCAUUACUUCUUCCUUUAUUACAAUGCUCUCAUAACAUGAGCAUUGGAUUGGGAGAUUAGUCCCUACAAUGCGUUCGAUAUUCAGGUUCAAUGGCUCACUGUCGAGGUCCACGGUGCGGGGAAGUGUAAGCUUCGGGGGAGCCUCGAUGAGCUUGGGACUGAGCCCUGGGGCAGCAUUACACAGGCUGGGAAGGGAUCAAAGGAGGGGGCUGUUGACGGAGAGUUAUAGCAAGGGUCCUGAUUUCCCACCGCUUCUCCCCCAUACGAUCCCGCAACACUUCGCAGAAACCGUCUCCUCGCAUGGCGACCGAACGGCAGUCAUCUCUCGCAGCCAAAAGACACGAUUGAGUUACAGGGAGCUGGAUGAGCAGAGUAAUGUUAUUGCGGCGGGGUUGAGGGAGCGGGGUGUUAAAAAGGGAGAGAGAGUUGCCGUUAGUCUGGGGAACUCCUGGGAGUUUGCUGUUGUUACGUACUCCCUUUUCAAGCUUGGUGCUAUACUUGUUCCUCUGAAUCCAGCUUUCAAUUCUCCACAGGUCAUAGCGGCACUUUCGCAUCUUGAGGCUGCACAUUUGAUUAUUGGAACAGAGACGAAUUUGCCAUUCAAGAAACCGAGAGAGAAUGUUACUCUUCUAAAGCAGAUUGUUCCUGAUUUAGAGGCGGCGAAGGUCGAGUCUGCGAGCAUACCUUCGUUGCGGAAUAUCUUUCUGGUUAAUAACUCGGAGUCCCGGAUCGAUGUCUCGACUUUCUCAGCAACAACUCCAUUCGAGUCUCUUCUACACUCAACUUCGCAGAAUUGCAAAGCCAUCGUGCCAGAUUCUCCACUGGACAAAGACGAUAUCAUCAACAUCCAAUUCACAUCCGGGACCACCUCUUUACCAAAAGCAGCGUGUCUAACCCACCACUCCAUCCUCAACAACGGAUAUUUCAUCGGUGCCAGAAUGGGCUUACUCCCGACUGACAUAGUAUGCUGCCCACCCCCUCUCUUCCACUGCUUCGGCUGCAUCCUCGGCUACAUGGCAACCGCCACGCACGGGGCCGCUAUUCUCUUCCCCUCCGAAGCCUUCAACCCGACCGCUACCCUGCUCUCCAUCCAAGAAGAAGGCGCCACCGCCCUCUACGGCGUAGCAACCAUGUUCGUCGCGGAACUCGAACUCCUCGCCAACGGCACCGUCACCCACUCAGGCUUUGACAAGCUGCGCACCGGCAUCGCGGCUGGAUCCUCGGUCCCUAGUCACCUCAUGGAAAAACUUCAUAAGACGUUGAAUUUGACGGGCCUGACGAUUUGUUAUGGCAUGACGGAAACUAGUCCCGUGUCUUGUAUGACGACGCCUACAGACCCGAUGGAGAAGCGUGUUGGCUCCGUAGGGAAACUGCUUCCGCACGUAGAGGCAAAAGUCGUGUCCACGCACGACCGCACGAAAAUUCUCCCAGUUGGAGAGAAAGGAGAACUGGUCGUAGCAGGGUAUAAUGUGAUGAAAGGGUACUGGGGGGACAAAGAUCGCACCGAGGAAGUUCGCGUGGUUGAAAGAGUGUAUGAUGAUGAGGGGGGAAAGCAUAGGGAGAAAGUGUGGAUGCAUACUGGUGAUGAAGCGGAGAUGGAUGAGCUGGGUUACGUGAAGAUCACGGGCAGGAUUAAGGAUUUGAUUAUUAGAGGAGGCGAAAAUAUCCACCCGCUGGAGGUGGAGAAUGUGCUGUUCAUGCAUGAGGCUGUUAGUGAGGCGUCUGUGGUUGGACUGCCGGAUGAGAGGUAUGGGGAGUGCGUUGCGGCUUUUAUUGUCACUCACCACAGCGUUCAAGUGGGGCUUGACGAUGCGUUGGAAGGUGAUUCUUCUAUCGAUAACGUUGCUGGAAAUGGCGAGGGAGGAGAAGGCAAGGUCCUAACGAGAGACAUGGCGCGCGAGUGGGUCAAAGAGAAGCUGAGCAAUCACCUGGUGCCGAAAUAUAUUUUCUGGGUCAAAGAGUACCCGAAGACAGCGAGUGGGAAGAUCCAGAAGUUUAAGUUGAGGGAGAUGGGGUUGGAGAUGUUGAAAGGGGCAGAGAUUAGACGGCAGAGGGAGAAGUAAGGUCGCUGUUGAUAGAUGAGAAUUUAAUCGUAUUCAGAAUUGAGUAUUCGGUGUUGGUUUUGUGACUUGGAGAGCGGUGUAGAGGGGAAAUGGGACACAGCGCCGAAGGAAAAAGUGGGGGAAAGGAGGGAUUCUUGUGAGGUCUCGGUUAAAAAGGGGAAGUCUUGAC